AUGCCGACCGAAGCUGGAGGGAACAGAAACAACAUCUUUGGAUCAUCUUCUGCUGCAUCUGGCUCCUCAACGAUGGCACCUGUUUCGACCUCAAGGGUCAUGGCUCAAGCUGACAAGCCCGAAAAUUUUAAGGGCUUGGAUUUCAAACGUUGGCAACAAAAGAUGUUGUUUUACCUAACUAUGUUGGGUGUUGUUAACUUCCUCAAGGAGGAUGCUCCAACUGUACCUGAGGAGGAGACGGACUUUAAUGUCCGGGCUGCCUAUGAUGGUUGGCAUCAAGGAGAUUUCUUGUGCAAGAACUAUAUCUUGAACGGCUUGGGGGAUAGUCUCUAUUCCAUCUUUGCCGGGGCUAAGACCUCCAAAGCUUUGUGGGAGGCUCUUGACAAGAAGUAUCACGUCGAGGACGUCGGUACAAAGAAAUUUGUAGUCGCAAAAUUUUCGGACUACAUGAUGGUGGACUCUCGCUCUGUGGUAGAGCAAGCUGAAGAAUUGCAAAUCAUUAUCCAUGAUGUCCACGCUGAAGGGAUGGCCUUGCCAGACCAGUUUGUUGUUGCUUCAAUGAUCGAGAAGCUUCCUCUGUGCUAG